UUUCACUCUCUCUCUCUCUCUAAACCAGAUCUCUCUCUCUCUCUCUCUCUCUCUCUCUCUGACCAUUCUUUCCCCUUGCUUGAUGGAACCCUAGCCCAGCCAGUCCAUACCAGGCGAAAACGAAGCAAGUAGCAGCCAUCAUCAUCCUCAAAUUUCAUGAAUCAUGAUCCGAGGCUUGCUUGCUUCUCUUCUUUUGAGGAGUCCUCUUUAAUUUCCUCUGAAUCCCAAGCUUAAGAAUAGCAGAUAUGGAUUCCAAGGGUGGGAGUUUACAGACUUCCAGUGGCGGCGACGACGAGUACAGUUCACGCGCCGCCGACUCCAUCUCAGCUUUCUUCAACCAGCAACGGCCGCCGCCGUCCCAUCACCGCCGCUCGGACGCCUCCAACUCUUCCAUGUUCGACCCGCUAUCUGAUCCCUACCUCGACCCCUUACCCCCGCCACCGCUAAACCUUGACGCUGUAUUUGCCCCCGGCUCCACCUUCUUCGGCUUUACGGCGGCGGAAAGCACGAUCCCACGAGCAGCGGCAACUGAUGAUGAUCAGACCCAUAGAGUACGUAACCCGAGAAAACGGUCUCGAGCUUCUCGGCGAACUCCGACGACAGUUCUCACCACCGAUACCGCCAAUUUCAGAGCCAUGGUUCAGGAGUUCACCGGCAUCCCAGCGCCGCCAUUCUUUGCCGCGCCCUCCGCCAUGAGAUCCGUCCCGUUGGGUGCUCCACAGGCACCCAAUUAUCUUCUCAGGCCGUUUGCUCAGAAGCUUCAGCCGCUGCCGCCGCCAGUUGUUUCUUCAUUUCCAUUUCCGAGUUCUUCCAUGACUAAUCAAGCCCUCGCCCUUCAAUCUCUUCUUCAAACAUCAGGUGAUCCACAUCUAAAAAUGGGUGUCUUGGAUGGAUCCGAGUUCCGCCAUGGCCUCCCAAACCUCGUCUCUUCAGAUGGAACCACCAACACCAGCCGCCCGACGAGCUCGGCCGCCGGAGAGGCCUCCAACAAUGCUGCCGAUCACAGUCACCAUCUGAGUAAUUCAAUGCAUGCAACUUAUGACUAUUCUCAGAGUAUCUCCAAUGGCAAGUUCAAGAAUCUUCAUGCCCCAGCCCAAGACAUGAAUAUGAUAGAGCCAUGGCUGUGAUCUUCAGAUUAGUCUUCGUUAGUAUCAUCACUCCUGAAUCAGAAAAAGUAAACCCUCCAUUAACGCCGGCUGUGGUUGUAUUCUACGCAUCAGAAUCUCAGUUAUUAGUGUGUGUUCUUCUCCGUCAUCUUCUUUGUGAAAUAUUCAAUGCAAUCCUUAUCGCAGAUGGAAACCAAAUCCAUCAAAUCAACCUGCGUUUCUGUGUUCUUCUCCGCAGCUUCUGCCAUACGAUUCCAUCUUCUCUUCAUGUGAAGGGUUGUUAAUUAAUUAAUUUGUUAUUUAAAUCUUUCCAAAUUUGUUCAUCGGCUUGUACAUCUUAUUAUCUUAAUUAAUCCGAUCGAAUUAUAUCCCGGAGUGAGUGGCGGCGAGAUUUAGGGAAUAUUAAUUGAGCCGCCGCCACAAUCUGAUGUUUGCCGGAAAA